AUGCUUCUGUUUCACGCUGUAACCGCCGUGCAUCUGCUUGCUGCUCGAUUUGUGGCUGCUGUUCCUGUCGAUGCGGCAGAGAGUCCAGCCAUCGAGAUCGACCCAACGGCCGAGCCACUCGACGCUCUAGCCCAACUGCAGCAGCAAGCUGUUGGAUUGCUUGAGCAGAAUGAGUCGGUCACAAAGCGGGCUCCCAAGGGUUGCUCCUUGGCAACUACAGCGCUGCGUAGAGACUGGGAGUACAUGACCAAGGUUGAGCGCAAAGCCUACAUCAGUGCUGUACAGUGUCUCCAGAAGCUGCCCUCCAAGUCGGACCCGACAUGGGCUCCUGCAGCCAAGACUCGGUACGAUGACUUCGUUGCCAUCCACGUGAACCAGACCAUGUACAUCCAUGGCAAUGGUCUGUUCCUCACGUGGCAUCGGUACUUUGUCUGGGCGUAUGAGCAAGCCCUACGCAACGAAUGCGGCUACACGGGUUACCAACCGUACUGGAACUGGUUUGCCCACACCGAUAACAUCUACAAGUCACCUGUAUUUGAUGGCAGUGACACUAGUCUCGGUGGUGACGGCGAAUUCUUCUCUCACAAUGGAAGUCUCGCCGGGGCUAGUACAAUCCCUAUCCCCUCGGGACAAGGAGGAGGAUGUAUCAAGAGUGGCCCUUUCAAGAAUAUGCAGGCGAACAUCGGUCCUAUCCGGCCGGGCAUGCAGGGCAUCACCGACCUCGUCCCCGACAUCACCGUGCAAAACCACCGCUGCCUGCGCCGCGACCUGAGCUCCUACAUUCCCAAGAAGUGGUUCACUACUGCCAAUCUCUUGAACGUGACCAUCGGUGCUGGUUCUAAGACGCACAAGCUGUUCUGGACUGAGAUCCAAGGCCGCUACCCAGACGGCUUCCUCGGACUGCAUACAUCCGGCCACUACACUAUGGGCGGUGACGCAACCGAUCUGUACUCGUCUGUCAACGACCCUGCUUUCUGGCUGCACCAUGCUAUGCUCGAUCGCAUGUACUGGAUCUGGCAAACGCUCCACCCCUCUGAGGCAAACAAGGUUGCGGGAACUCUGACCCUGACGAACAAGCCCCCCACCCGCGACGCCACCAUUGACGAGCCCCUAAACCUAGGUGUGAACGGUGACACAAAGCUGAUCAAGGACAUGUUCAAUACCUUGGGCGGUACGCCGCUGUGCUACAUCUAUGCGUAG